AUGUCUUCCUCUGGGAACAGCACCUCGCCUUCGAUUGAUACCGACACUGUCACGUGUGUCACUCUGACGAACGCUCUUGUCUCCUUGCUCUCUGGGGACGCUCCUUCGGCCUGGUCGUGGACCGCGAACAUCAAGGAUAUGUCUGACGGUAUCCUUCAAAUCAUCGUCGACAACCCGACGAGUCAAGCCAGUACUAAGUCUGGCGUACAGGCUGUCGACACGCUCCUCCUUCGCAAGGGUCUGGCGAACAACGUCAUGGUCUUCACCGAGGCAGACUACGAUAACGAUGCGUUCUCAUACUCGAAUGGCCAGUACCAGUUCACGCACAAAGCACUAGGCGCUGAGAUGUUCAGGUACUCGUUGAACUUUGGCAAGAACCGGACGUCCUGGAAGGAAUGGGAGGCUACGACGUACAUCGCCUCGGACGUCUUCUCGGACGAAUCCAUUUUAUGGGACGGGCAGCACAUUCUCAUGCAGUACUGGAGUACUUAUGAUUCGGGUGAAUUGGAAAUCAUGGCGACGUGGCCCACGUACAUCCAGCUCAACGUCUACGCCUACGACUCGUACUACUACGGUGAUGUCGACAGGGACGGUGUUCCCGACCGUCUGCCGCCCAACACUGCAGCGUCCAACUACCUCAACAUGUCCGCUCCUCCGAAACCUCAUCUGGCUUGGGACCUUGUCGUCGACGAUUUGGACUACACUUGGUAUCUCGAGCCUCGCGGAGAGUCCGUCGUCGCCACUACGAUGUAUGCGCUUCUUUUAUCCAUCCCGUUCAUCACUGUUACCCUCGCUGUCGUCAUCUUCAUGUGGUCAUUCUACGGUAUCAAGCACAACAAGUGGGGUGUCAAGCCUGCAAAGGAUCACAAUCACUACCUCCUCGGCGUGCUCGAAAACAAGCCGAAAACGGACCCCAAGGAUGGCACCGCCAUGUCGGAAAAGCUCUUCUGGAAUCACAAAGCGCACGAUAUCAUGGGUUCCCUCAUCGCGACGCUCGAGUACGAGAUUAUCGAUUGGGAGCUUAAGGUCAAGAUCGGUGGUCUUGGUGUCUUGUCGAGUUUGAGAAGGUUCAAUGCGCCGGCGGUGCAUUCACGAGCCAAUGCGGCGUAG